CAAUAUGACUUUUCACUUCGUACUGUUUCACACAUUGUUUAUUACACGUUUAAAUAAUCAUCUUAAUUAAUACGGUAGAAAGCUCCGCCUAACACCCUAGAUCAAUUGGCGUACUUUGGUUUGGGAUCAGUCGUUAGCACGUGAUUGUUUAGUAUUCAUGUAUAUUUUUGAUUAUAUUUCACUGAAACGUGACCUAUUUGUUUCUGCAAAUUUUAGGACCAAAAAUUCGCUUAAGGCCAACCCUAUAAUUUAAUCAAUGCAAGACAAUGCAGCAAGAAGAAGAUGACAAGUCUGAAUCAAGUUCUUCCCUUGAGAGUGAUCCUGAAGAUCAACUGUUGCAGAGUUCUCGCAGUGGAAAUGUUCAAAUAGUAAAUCAACUAUUGAAAGAGAGAAUAAAAGGACAUCUUUCAUUUGACAUUAACUGCAGAGGGACACAGAAAAGUAACCGUGGAUGGUCGGCAUUUCACCUUGCUUCUUAUUUUGGGCAUACAUCAGUUGUUCAACUGCUGUUACAGAGCAAAGCAGAUGUGAAUGUUGUCAAUGACGCAGGUGAUACCCCUCUUCACAAAGCAGCUUACACUGGGAGAGAGGGACUCGUUAUUUUAUUGCUAGCCAAUGAUGCUGACGUUUUCAUUAGAAAUGGUGAAGGGCAAAGACCAAAAGAUGUUGCCAAAGGUGAAGAUGUUCGGAAAUUAUUGCAAGCUGCAGAAGAUGCGGACGUGAAGAGGAAAGAGGCCAAGCUCCUUAGUGCUGCACGAGAAGGAGAUCUACAAACGUUGAACAAGCUCCUUCAUGAUGCCAACCCACCAAAUAUAAAUUGUACGGACCUCGGAAAUACAGCCCUUCACUGUUGUGCUUAUAGAGGACAGAAAGAAACAGCGGUGUUGCUUUUACAGUGUGGAAUUGAUUCUUCCAUUAAAAAUCAUCGAGGUCAAAUAGCUGCAGACCUUACAACAAAUCCUCAUAUGAAACAAAUUCUUUGUGUCCAGCCAAUUAGGAAACUUCAGAAAAAUGCUGUUAGAUUUGAGGGACCAUUGUUAAGGAAAAGUAAACUUCUGGGUUGGAAACCAUUUUGGGCUGUUUUAGAAAGAGGAGUAUUUUCUUUUUUUCUCUCCAGAGCUGAUGCAGCUACUGGGACAAAACGAAAAAGCUACAAAUAUCUUGAUGAAGCUAAAGUUGUGGCUGAGGAGAGUGAUGAGGCAGCUUUUACUGUACACUUUUCUGAUAACACAAACCAAAGAUUCAGUGUUCCAUUUCUUCAUUAUCAGCAGCUUGACAGAGAGAAAUGGAUAAAUGCCCUGAAGGAACACAUUGAGUUCAGUACCCACUACACCAAACAAGGAAUGGGUAAUACUGACAGUGAUGAAGAGGAAUUUUCUCUUGUGCCUUUGGCUUCGAUGCAACGGAUGUUUCAAACUGCUCAAGCACAUCAAAAACUUCUGGAGAAGCAGAUUGCAUCUUUGCAGUCCUUAUCAAAACAGUACUUUAGUGCAGAAAAAGUUACAAAUUCAAUUGUGAAACAUUUGGUUUCAUGGCAGAAUAUUGAAUCUCAGCUCGCUCAGGUUGUAGAGUCAUCGAAAACAUUGUCAGCCAGCUUGUCUCACUGUAUGGCUGUGUUCUCGCAGCAAGAGGAGGUUCGAACUCUUCAGCUCAAGCAAGAGCAAGAAAAAUGUCGUGUUUUAGAGGAAGCUCUUCAUGUGUUAGCUAAAGAACACCAUGAACUAGAACAAUCAAUUAGCACAACUCCUUAUAAUUCUCCGACUCGUAAUCACAUUGACCAUUUUCUUGAAACAGAAUGUGAAGAAUUUUAUGAUGCCUUUGAAGGCGAAGACUCUGCCACUCCAGUUGCUACACCAGAGAAUGCUAAUCAUUUGGAGCUAGAUCAAGAGUUUGAUAAAACACUUACUGAGAAUGAAAUCUUCCAAUCUUUCCCAUCUUCUCUUGCUACAUCUCCUUUGCCUUCUGAGUCUGUCUGGGGAAGGUGUCGUCUUCCAGUUCCAAUGUUUUCUAGAAAUGAUUUCAGUCUGUGGAGUAUAUUGAGACACUGUAUAGGAAAGGAGUUAUCCAAGAUUACCAUGCCUGUAGUGUUUAAUGAACCACUUAGCUUUCUCCAGCGAAUCACUGAAUACAUGGAGUACAGUUUUUUGUUACAGAAAGCUGACGAAUGUGAUGAUCCAGUAGAUAGAAUUCAGUAUGUUGCAGCUUUUGCUGUUUCUGCACUAGCUUCUAACUGGGAAAGACUAGGAAAACCUUUUAAUCCUCUGCUUGGAGAAACUUAUGAAUUAGUCAGGGAAGAUUUUGGCUUUAGGGUUGUAUGUGAACAGGUUAGUCACCACCCACCAGUCAGUGCUUUCCAUGCGGAUUCUCCACAUUUUAUUUUCCAUGGAUCCAUCCAUCCAAAACUCAAGUUCUGGGGUAAAUCUGUAGAAAUCAAACCAGAUGGCAUGCUCACUGUCAAGCUUUUAAGACAUAAUGAAACGUAUACUUGGACCAAUGUAAGCUGUUGUGUCCAUAACAUCAUUGUUGGGAAACUCUGGUUUGAGCAGUACGGUAUGUUAGAAUUGAUAGGACAUGACACAGGCCUUAGUGCUGUUCUGAACUUCAAACCAGCUGGUUGGUUUAGUAAGGACUUGCAUCGGAUAGAUGGUUUCAUAUACAACAGGCAAAAAAGAAAACUUCGUUUUUUAUAUGGAAAAUGGACAGAUUAUUUGAAGAGUGCCGAAGUUGAAGCAUACGAUGAAUAUGUUCGCACACAUCCUGCCAAGUUUUGUCCCCCGGAUCGAGCAGAACCAGAAGAUGUUAAGAACACUCCUUUUCUGAAUAACGCUCCAACAAGUAGCCCAGCUCACAAUCCAAAAAAAAUGGUGUCAAAACUGAACAGUUUUAAAAAGUCUUUUACAAGCAACAGUAGUGGAGGCAAAGAAAGCAGUACCAAAUCUUCAAGCCUGAUCUCUAUGCCUAUUGAUGAUGAUGUUAGUGAUGAAGUACCUACAAGUGAUUCCUACUGGUCACUGGAUAUACCAAAUUCAUUAAUAUUGUGGCAAGUAGAUCAAAGACCUGAAUAUUCUUCUGAGUAUUAUCAUUUUACACUGUUUGCUAUGGCUCUAAAUGAGUUAGAUGAUGACAUAAAGCAUCAUAUUCCACUCACGGACUCACGGUUACGUCCAGACAUUCGCAAACUUGAACUUGGCGAUAUUGAUGGUGCUGCGUAUGAAAAAAAUAGAAUAGAAGAAAAGCAACGGGAGGCGAGGAAGCAGAGAAAAAAGCAAAAGCAAAACACGUGGGAGCCAAAGUGGUUUAAACAAGAAGAAAAUCCAUACACCAGAACAAAUUAUUGGAUAUACACUGGAGGUUACUGGGAGAGAGAGUUUUCACGUUGUCCAGACAUCUUUUGAAAGUUUGUGAUUAGGUAAAUGUGUACCAAUGAAGAUAAGAGAACGUUGCUUUAAGUAUUAUGUAUUGCCCAGUGUUUGUUUACUUAGUAUAUGAAAAAAAAAAAACUUUGGAAGUUCUCACACCUGUAUUUUAAUAUGAAAAGUAAAUUGCAUUAAGAAGUCUUUUUUUUUUGGCCUUAGUGACUAUACAGUCUAAAAUAUAGGACAUGUAUGAAUAAUCUUAAACAAAAUCUGUUCUUUAAUUUGUUUAAUCUGUGUGGUAAUUGUGAUGAGCCCUGUUUUUAUUAACAGUUCCUGCCGUACUUGUUUGCACUUUUUGUCGUUAUAAUUGUGUUCAGGUGUUUGUUUUUGUGUUGUUG